AUGAGCAAAAAAUCAGAAGACACAUCUUCUGUUAGCCCUAUGGCUACUGGUGUGGAUCCAAGUAUUCGGGCCAUACUAGACGCUAUGCAGAAGCAGAACGAAAUCAAGUUAAGAAAACUGUUAAAGGAGACUAUUAAAGCAGCGACUAGUCGGAAUUAUCAGGAAGAAGACCAAAUGAUGACAGCGAAAAAUGCGUGUGACACUACAGAAUCAAAAACGUCAGCAGAUCUUAUGUCGAGAAAUUUAGAUGCUAAUACACAAGAGAAAAUUAAACAUGUACCUCAACUGAAAGAUAAAAUCAAUCGACAGGAUUUAUAUGCGAAGAACAUAAGAACACAAUAUAUAGAACAGCACAAGAUGAUCGAAAAAUUGAGAGCAAAAGGAAAACGUGUGCAUAAUAAAGAGUGCAGUGUAUCAAUGUGCACUAAAAAUGCAAGCAACGUGACGAUUACUUUUAGAACACCACAAGCACCACGAAAACACAAUCAAGACCAAACAAGAUCAAGUUCAAAAGUGAAGUUACGUGAGCUUAUUACUGCUAACGACCAAAAAUUGAAUUACGAUCCCGAGCAUCAACUCGCUGAUCUUCAAGUAGAAUGUUCCGACAAAGACAGGACGACACAAGAGCUCGAGAAGCACAUAGAGGACAUGAAGGAGGAAGAAGAAUUAGGUGAUAUAAUAAAACUUCAUGAUGAAGAAAAAUAUAAACUGAUACAGCAUUGGUGUUCUGUAGAAUGUCAAACUGCCAUAAAGGGUUACAUUGAUGGAAAAGUGCAUAAGGAAAGUAGUGAGACAGAGAGCAUAAAGAACGCUGCGAUUAAUGAAGUAGAACAAGAAAUAAUAAAUAAGGACCCACAAAUUGAUGAUCAAUAUAAAAAAAAAAAAAAAAAAAAUGAGAAAUUUCAAGAAGAGCAAGCAGAGAAUACAACUGAGAUUGGAGAUCAUUCAAGAUAUGCAGUGAGUGCCCAGCAACAUGAGGAUGAUCUUAAGCAACUGGUUGGAUUUAAGAAGCAAUUGGAGAAGAAAUUAGCUGAUGCUUACGAAGAGGUCGAGGAACAACAUCAGGUUGUUGGACAAUGGAAACGACGCGUGCAAAGUCUGAAUGGCGAGAUGCACGACUUGAGACUACUGUUGGAAGAACAAACAGCUAGGAAUAAUCUUCUGGAAAAGAAACAGCGCAAAUUUGAUUCAGAAACUCAGAAUCUAAUGAACGAUCUGCGGCAAGAGAAAGCGCAACGUAAAAGAUUAGCUAGAGAAAAAGAAAUCGCGAUCGCGGAGUAG